AUGGCCCCCAGGCCUGCUCUGACCUCGGUAGUCUCACGCCCCGGCUCGGUCCAAAGUGGCACGGGUCAGGUCGCUGCGAUUGCCGGGCUGCGGGGUCUUCGCGAUGCCGAGGGCCCCGCGGUGGAGGCUGGCGACCAGAAGGGCCGCAAAGACUCCGCGCACGGCGUCUGGGAGGGCCUCGAUGAUCUGCGGAAGGGCGGCCACCACGCUCUUCCCGGGCACGAGGAGGCGGAGCAGCCCGACGACUGGGUGCCCACCUACGGGUGCGACGGCUCGCACGCGGAGAGCCUCGCGGAGCUGUGCCGUGCGGCGGAGCGCGUCGAGGGCCUCCUCGUGGAGGCGCAGGAGGGGACGCGCGGCGGGGUGGUGGGCGGGCAUUCGCACGCGCACCUCGGGAAGGAGCCCAGCCUGCUCGCGGCGGUGGUCUCCGGGAUCAUCAACUUCCUGCUGAUGUUCGGCCUUUGCUGCGCCUACGGGAUGAUCAUGUUCGACGAGGUCAACGCGAAGUGGCAGUCGCUCGGCGUCAAGAUGAGCCUGGCCACCUCGGCCUUCUGUGGCCUGAUCGUGGCCGCCUGCUCCAGGAUCCCGGUCGCGAUCGCGGGCCCCGAUCUGAACCCCAUCGUGUUCCUGGGCUCCUUCGUCGCAACCAUGGCGCCAGUCAUCGCCGCGAGCGUCGGCCUGAGCUACCCGGGCCAGGACGAGUUCACGUGUGGUCGGCGGCUGGAGUCGAGGCCUCGCGGUCUGGCCGCCGUGGCAGAGGCGGUCGGUGCACGACUGCUGGGCGCAGCCGGUGGUGCUGCGUGCGCGGGGGCCGAAGACAGCUUCUGCCGGGAGGGUUCAGAUUCGUACGAUGCUGCAGCAUGCAGCGAGUAUAACCAGCAGUUGGUGACAACCACUAUAUUCGCAGUGGCCUUCUCGUCGGCGCUGCUGGGGCUGCUUCUGUUUCUGGCCGGGCGUUUCAAUCUGAGCCGGUAUGUGAAUUACGUGCCCACCAGUAUAUCUGAGGCAUUUCUGUCUUGUGUCGGUUACAAGGUGUUCGCUUACGCGUUGAAGUUUUGCAAGUACGACCCCAAAACAUUUCUACCCGCGGUUGUUAUUGGCGUGAUACUCUAUUUCCUCAAGGCCAACCACAUCGGGAAUCCGGCAGUAGUGAUACCUUCGAUGUUAUUGAUACCCCUCGCCAUUUUUCAUGUGCUCGUUGCCUACGGUGUGUUCUACGAGGAUCUUGAACAUGCUAGAACAGAGAACGUAAUGUUCCCCAUCGUAGAUAACAUCGACUUCUGGACGAUAUGGGCUGAGGGCGUGUUUGAUGGCAACGAGUGGAAGUUCCAGCAUAUCAACUUUGCAGCGUGGCUGAAAACAAUCCCAGAUCUCGUCACGAUGAUCAUCGUUGUCAUGGUCGAUUGCCUCCUGAAGUUGAAAGGCACGGAGAAUAAGCUGCCUGUUGUGCCAGAGGUGACCUAUGAGUGUCAGCUGUACGGCGCAUGCAACGCUCUGAUGUGUCUCUGCGGCUCUCCUUGUGGCUACAUGCAGCUGAAGUUCAACGUGAUCAACUUUGGGAUCCUGGGGAACGCCAAGGACAGGCGCGGAGGGAUCAUCUAUGCCCUCUUGUGCGCUGUGUGCUUCCUCUGGACGACUGCCGCCUUCAACUACCUGCCGAGGUUCUUCUUGGGCAUGCUGCUAUUCUUCGCGGGUGCUGGUUUUGUGGCGGAGAAUCUGUACGGCUCCAGCAAGUACAUGUCUUUCAAGGAGUGGUUGGAGGUAAUAGCAAUCCUCUUGGUUUUCAUUAUCAGCGGUCAGCUCAUCUAUGCUGUGGGUGUGGGAAUCCUCUUGACUGCAACGUUCUUCACCCUGCAGUAUGCCAGCCUCCCUCUACUCUCGGGAGAGCCAUGCAGAGGCGGAAGCAUCACCUCGCACGCGCGGCGUAACCCACUGACUCGAAUGGCCGCCCGGCACAUCGCUAACGCAUGGUUUUUUGUUAUGCCUCUGAAAGGGUAUAUAUUUUUUGCUUCGGCGAAGAAGAUGGUGGAGCUUGUGAAAGCCAGCAUGCAGAGCAGGAGCACCUUGACAAUCUGCCUAUACGCCUCGGGCGGCGACUCGUUGGGCCUCGAGCUCCGGGACUGCGGCGACGGGAAGUCACUGGAGGUCACUGGAAUCGCCAGCGAUGGCGCGGUUGCGGAGUGGAACAGGAACAACCCAAAGGAAACGAUUGAGCAUGGGGACAAGAUUGUCAACGUCAUCCCUGGUGGCAUUGGCACUUCUCUGCCACCGUUGUCAAGUGACCCGAUGUCAUGCCAUAGCUUCCGGCGGCUACUUGCACGUGGGGGUCCUUUGCACAUAUCGUUGGUUCGGGUGAGUUCACACCACUACAAGCGGACGCGCUUCGCGAUCUUGGAUUGCUCGUUGCUUGAUGGUAUGGACGCUUCUGCGUGCGCUGUAUUCCGCAAACUAAUCACUGAAGCCAAUGGGCGGGGCACAAAGUUCUUGUGGACAAACCUUGCCCCGCCGGUCUUGACUUCUCUCAAAGGCAGAGGCGUCAUCGCGGACCCCAGCACGUGCUUCAGAAAGCUGAACGACGCCGUGUUCCACGUGGAGGAGCUCGUCCUGCAGUACCGCCGUGAGAAGGUGGAUCAGUGGCUGAAGGUCCACCCAGAUCUGCGAAUUCGCCACAAGCAGGUGAGCCUCGCUAGGUCCUUCGAGCCGUUCACCCACGUCUUCGAGGCGGACGCGGAGCGCCGUGGCUGCCCGUGGCUGUACUGCUCGAGGCUGCGCAUGCACCGCUUCCGCACCAUCCUCUGGGGACCGGGCCAGGAGGAGCAGUGCCUGUUCUUGAUCCACUCUGGCGCCGUCGGUAUCUACGCGUCGCUGUCGUCGAACGGCCAGGACCUUCCGAUGCCUCCGCGCCCGGCGACGGAGCGCCGACAGAGGGGCGGCUCCCCUUCGCCAUGUACCAGAGGGGCUCCUUCGUCAACCGGAAGUUCAUCCUCCACGGGCAGUCCCAGGACUUCGGCGUCGCGACCCAGGACGGCGCGGGCGUUCGCUGAAACACGUAAGCUCGAGUCCUGGCUCGGCAGGAUGUCGCGGCAGAGGCCGCUGAUGGCCGCGGCGAUCCUCAAGGCCGUCAUGCGGCAGCAGCUGCAGGAGGCAGAGGACUCCCAGGCGGCGCACGGCCGGGCCUCCUCGGAGCCCCGCCGCGAGGGCCGGCCGCCCGCCGGCCAGAGCCGCGCGCCGGCCCCUGGCGGGGCGGCGGCUUGGGACGCGCCCGCGGGGAAGGACCUCGGACCCCGACCCUGGGAUGGCCGCCUUCCCCCCGCACCUGCCGCGGGAGGCGCGGCUGCCCGUGCUCGCGGUGGGCAGCGUCCGGGCCCUGGGCGCCCUGGGGCUGUGGUCGCCGCCAGAGCCGCCCGCGAGGCGCCCGCCAGGGGCGCAGCUGCCGAGGGCCAUCCGCGAGGACCUCGACCGCGCCUUCGACCUGUACUGCUCGGGGGGGCGGCUGCCCAGGACGAGGAUCCGCGAGGCGCUGAUGCUGGCCGGCAUCUUCGGGGUGGAGCUCUCGAAGGGGGCGAGGUCUCUGAGCCACGACGAGUUCCUCGUCUUGGGCCACGAGGCGUGUGUCGCACGGCUGUCGGUGGACCAGCGGGAACGCCUGCUGCAGCUGUUCAGGAAGUACGACCUGGACGGCUCGGGCACCCUGGACAGGCACGAGCUGCCAGAGAUGUUCAUCCGAGUUCUCGAUUCCAGCCUCCGUGGUAG